AUGCUGAGCUCCUCUCAAAGCCCCCAGGAUGACACCUGGACAGAGUCCUUCUCUCUGCUUUUGGGACUUGGCGCUGCCCUCUACUUGGGCUACUACUGGACGUGGGUGCCCCAGAGGCCACAGCUGGUGACUGGGUCCCGAUUUCUGGCCUUCCUGGAGCAACACUGUCCAGUCACACUGGAGACUUUCUAUCCUACGCUCUGGUGUUUUGAGGGGCGUCUACAAACCAUCUUCAGAGUCUUACUGCAGUCCCGGCCGAUAGUCCCUUACUCGAGUGAAGUUCUGGAAACCCCAGAUGGAGGCCAGAUCCUCCUAGACUGGGCCAGCCAGUCUAACAGUCAGUACCCCGACCCUAGUACCCAGCCCACUGUAUUACUGCUUCCUGGCAUCACAGGCAGUAGUCAGGAGACAUAUAUCUUGCACCUAGUUGAUCAAGCUUUGAAGGAUGGCUACAGGGCUGUUGUAUUUAAUAACCGGGGCUGCCGCGGGGAAGAACUACUGACCCAUAGGGCCUUCUGUGCCAGCAACACUGAAGAUCUGGUGACAGUCAUCAACCACAUAAAGAGUCGCUACCCCCAAGCCCCACUGCUGGCUGUGGGCAUCUCUCUCGGAGGGAUAUUAGUGCUGAAUCACCUGGCUCGAACGGGACGGGCAGCAGGCCUGGUGGCAGCACUGACUCUGUCUGCAUGCUGGGACUCCUUGGAGACCACCCGCUCCCUGGAGACCCCCCUGAACUCACUGCUCUUCAAUCAGCGCCUCACUGCUGGGCUCUGUCAAGUCGUGAACCGAAACAGAAAAGUGAUGGAAAAUGUGGUGAAUGUCGACUUUAUCCUACAGGCCCGCACCAUCCGCCAAUUUGAUGAGCGCUACACAGCUGUGGUCUUUGGCUAUCAAGACUGUGCUGCCUACUACCGAGCAGCCAGUCCAAGAACCAAGGUCAACACCAUCCAGAUCCCUGUGCUCUGUCUCAACGCAGCUGACGACCCUUUCUCCCCUGUGGACGCUCUUCCCCUACAGGCUGCCCAACACUCUCUCCAUGUCGCACUGCUAGUCACGGCCCGGGGCGGCCACAUCGGCUUCCUGGAAGGACUGCUUCCCUGGCAGCACUGCUACAUGAGCCGCCUCCUGCAUCAGUACGCCAAAGCCAUCUUCCAGCACCCAGCGGAGUUGCCGGGACCCAGGUCACCUACCCCUUCAGAGGCAGGCAAGAGCUGA